GAUGAUGCUCGGGCCUCGCGCAUGCAGCUGCAAUUCGGUCUGGAUGCUCGGUCGCCUGCCAUCAAAAAAGCUGCCUACCUAAUGAUCAACUGGCCCUUUGGCCGCUUUCUUUCCAACCUUUUCGUUUGCAUUCGUUAACCACUUUACCAACAUCAUGGAUGAUCUCGAAUCUCUCGAACUGCUUUCCUUGGUGUCGAAAGUCACCUCGGAACUGCAGAACCAUCUCGGCAUCAAUGAGAAGACACUUGCCGAGUUCGUCAUCGCCCAACGCCUCGAAUCCCCAUCCUUCCGAGAGUUCAAGGCGAAACUCGCCGCGGCUGGCGCCGAGUUCCCCCCGAGUUUAAUCGAGAGUAUCGACCGCCUCGUCCAGGCAAUGCACCCGAAAUUCAAGGGGAAACAGAAUGGGUCGGAAUACGAUGUCGAUGAAAAGCCGGCGCGCUCGGCGGAGCAACAAACCAAAAUGUUCAAAGGCCUCGCCAUUCCCGACAAGGAUGUGGAAGUUAUCGAUGAUACACUGGCGUUGUUAGAGAGCUUGGAGCCGAAGAGAGCCGACAACGAACGACCACGAAAACGCAGUCGCACCCCAGACGACCACCGGGGCGAUUUGAGGCGGAAACAAAACGGCCGCUACGAGGAUGAGGACGACUUCCGACGACCACCUCACCAAGAGCUGGACCAGUCACCGCAGAUGAACAAGAUCUAUGAUGGCCAUGUCACAGGCAUCAAGGACUUUGGUGCCUUUGUCAACCUUCAUGGCGUGAUGGGGAAAAUGGAUGGAUUGGUCCACAUAUCGGCAUUCGGGCAACGAGUGGACCACCCGUCGGACGUUGUUUCCAGAGGGCAGGAUGUCAAGGUCAAGGUUGUCAAGAUCGAGGGUAACAGGAUAGGACUUUCGAUGAAGGACGUUGAUCAACAGACGGGCAUGGACCUCGCCCCAGAAAUGAGGUUGGGUUCUGGCGCCAACAUGGAGGUUUUGGGUGGUCGCGGCAGAGCACCCGUCGACGUGGACAACGGAGCAAAUGGUUCAUUCCAGGCAUCUGCGGUGGCCAGAAGCCAGAAGAAGAGGAUGACUUCCCCGGAGAGGUGGGAAAUACGGCAAAUGAUUGCCGCUGGAAUUGUCAAGGCCUCGGACUACCCCAAUUUGGAGGAGGAUUACAACGCAACGCUCAGGGGGGAUGGGCAGUUGGAGUUGGAGGAGGAUAUCGAUAUCGAGAUCCGAGACGAAGAGCCCCCGUUCUUGGCUGGGCAGACGAAGCAGUCACUCGAGUUGUCACCCAUUCGGGUAGUCAAGGCGCCAGACGGGUCGCUCAACCGUGCCGCCAUGGCUGGAGCCAACCUGGCGAAGGAGAGAAAGGAAUUGCGGCAACAAGAAAACGAGUCCCAGGAAGAGAAGACGAAGGUCGACUUAUCGUCACAAUGGCAGGACCCGAUGGCCAACCCCGAUACUCGGCAAUUUGCUAGUGACCUUAGGAAACGGCCGCAGGCGACACAGUCGGCCUCGGACGCCGUACCGGAGUGGAGGAAGACCAUUGCCAAGGACCAGGCUCUUGGGAAACGAACAAGCAUGACAAUCAAGGAACAGCGAGAGUCCCUGCCCGUCUAUGCCUUCAGACAACAACUUAUUCAAGCCGUCAGGGAGAACCAGAUCAUGAUCGUGGUCGGCGAAACUGGCUCCGGCAAGACAACGCAGCUGACCCAAUACCUUGCGGAAGCCGGGUUCACGAACAAUGGCAUGAUCGGGUGCACGCAGCCUCGUCGUGUGGCUGCCGUCUCGGUUGCUAAGCGUGUUUCGGAAGAGGUUGGGUGCCAGCUCGGCCAGGAGGUUGGUUAUACCAUCAGAUUCGAAGACGUCACCAGUCCGGCAACCAAAAUCAAGUACAUGACGGAUGGAAUGUUGCAACGUGAAAUCCUCAUGGAUCCUGACCUCAAGAGGUACUCGGUCAUUAUGCUGGACGAAGCCCACGAACGGACAAUCGCGACAGAUGUCCUCUUCGCACUCCUGAAGAAGACGAUCAAGAAACGAGACGACCUCAAAAUCAUCGUAACGAGUGCUACGUUGGAUGCCGACAAGUUCAGCGAGUAUUUCAACUCCUGUCCCAUCUUCACCAUCCCCGGACGAACCUUUCCGGUUGAAAUCCUCUACUCGCGCGAACCGGAAUCGGAUUACCUCGAUGCUGCGUUGACCACAGUGAUGCAGAUCCAUCUAAGUGAGCCGAUGGGCGACAUUCUACUGUUUUUGACCGGGCAGGAAGAAAUCGACACUGCCUGCGAGAUCUUGUACGAGAGAAUGAAGGCGCUUGGGGCAGGUGUCCCAGAGCUCAUUAUUCUCCCGGUUUAUUCGGCACUUCCGAGUGAGAUGCAGAGCAAGAUAUUCGAACCCGCGCCGCCCGGCAGCCGCAAAGUCGUCAUCGCAACCAACAUUGCCGAGACGUCGAUUACCAUCGAUUUCAUCUAUUACGUUAUCGACCCCGGCUUCGUGAAGCAGAAUGCGUACGACCCGAAACUGGGGAUGGACUCCCUGGUAGUUACCCCUGUUUCCCAGGCUCAGGCGAACCAGCGAGCGGGCAGAGCCGGACGGACAGGCCCGGGCAAGUGCUUCCGCUUGUACACGGAGGCCGCAUACCAAUCAGAAAUGCUCCCGACAACCAUUCCCGAGAUCCAGCGGCAGAACCUGUCUACAACGAUCCUCAUGUUGAAGGCAAUGGGCAUCAACGACCUGCUCCGCUUCGACUUUAUGGAUCCACCGCCCGUCAACACUAUGCUUACGGCACUCGAAGAAUUAUAUGCGUUAGGGGCCUUGGAUGACGAAGGGCUACUAACUCGCCAGGGGAGAAAGAUGGCCGAUUUCCCCAUGGAGCCGACGCUAUCCAAGGUUCUGAUUGCUUCUGUCGAGAAGGGCUGCUCAGACGAGAUGGUGACCAUCGUUUCCAUGCUUAACCUCCUCCAAGUCUUUUACCGACCCAAGGAAAAGCAAAGCCAAGCGGACCAGAAAAAGGCAAAGUUCCACGACCCCUCGGGCGACCAUCUCACGCUCCUGAACGUCUACACCUCGUGGAAGAACAAUGGCUUCGCCAACGCAUGGUGCUUUGAGAACUUUAUCCAAGCUCGCUCGAUGCGCCGCGCCAAAGAUGUUCGCGAUCAGAUCGUCAAGAUCAUGGAACGCCACCGACACCCUAUCAUCAGCUGCGGACGUGACACCGAUAAAAUUCGGCGGUCGCUCUGCUCGGGCUUCUUCCGGAACACGGCCCGCAAGGACCCGCAAGAGGGUUACAAGACACUCAUCGAGGGCACCCCGGUCUACCUGCACCCGAGCUCGGCGCUGUUUGGUAAGCAGGCCGAGUGGGUGGUUUACCAUACCCUCGUGCUCACGACGCGCGAGUACAUGCACUUCACGACCACCAUCGAGCCGAAGUGGCUGUCGGAUGAGGCGCCCACCUUCUUCAAGAUCGCGCCGACGGAUCGGUUGAGUAAGAGGAAGCAGGCCGAGAGGAUCCAGCCGUUGUAUAACAAGUAUGCCACCGAGGACGACUGGCGGCUGAGCGCCCAGCGUAGGGCGGGGCGGUCUGGCGGCGGUGGUGGGACAUGGGGCUGAACGGCCCUGGGUUGUGUCGAUUGGUAUAUCUUGAGCGAGCGGGUAGCUUGUAUAUUCUGUUAGCGAAGUGGAUGGGCUUGGGAGGAAAACAAUAGAUUUGUGAUACCCUUUCUUCGAGCGGGUUUCAAGGUGGUUGUUGGUGCAAGGAGGCGAGACACCCACUCUCAUUGGGCUGGGUGGCUGGGUUAAGCGCUGGUCACCCGCCAAGCUUCGCGAACCAACACGAACAGUGCCAAAGAUGUUGAACCCCCC